CGGCAGGCAGGCAGGCAGGCAGGCAGGGAAGCAGGCCGGCCGCUCGCCUCCUCGCUCGCCUCCAGCCUGCGCGCGGCCCCGGCGGCGGGGAUGGAGCCGGCGCGGAGGUCGCGGCGCCGGCCAUGAAGCUGCGGCCGCGCCGGGAGAGGGAUCAUCACAGCAGAGCCCAGGAAUUCGGCGCAAGCCGCCUCCAGACGGAAGCCAUGCAGUCUAACGCUAACGGUCGCCACUGCGCCACAGGGAGCGGCAACGGUGCCAGCUCCGCUCAGGGUGCUUACGCAGCACGGCUGUCAGGGGAAGGGUCUUGCCAGCGCGGAGGGGAUGUUCGCAUCCAGCUGAGCUGUGCUCCCGGAGAUUCGGAGGAGAGCCCUGGCGCCAAGCACCACCACCACCACCAGCUGUCCCAGCCAGGGUCCGCGAGUUGCUCGCAUGCCCACUCCCACAGCGACACGAGGCGGCCCCAGGACAGUGGCGCAGCCUUGGAGGACCAAAGCACCAGCUCACUCUCCGAGUUCAGAUACUUCCUCCAGUGGCUACACAAGAGUCUCCCGUACAUCUUGAUCCUAUCCGUCAAACUGCUCAUGCAGCAUAUAACUGGCAUUUCUCUGGGAAUUGGGCUGCUAACAACUUUUAUGUAUGCAAACAAAAGCAUUGUAAAUCAGGUUUUCCUAAGAGAACGAUGUUCCAAACUGCAGUGUGCUUGGAUACUGGUGUUUCUCACAGGGUCAUCUCUCCUCCUCUAUUAUACCUUCUACGCUCAAUCACUUCAUUACAGCCUGAUCCUUCUAAGUCCUAGUUUGGAUUUUAUGAACUUCUGGGAGGUCCUUUGGAUCGUGGGAAUCACGGACUUCAUUCUGAAGUUCCUCUUUAUGAGCUUCAAGUGCAUCAUUCUGUUGCUGCCUUGUUUUAUCAUGUCUUUUAAGUCCAAGGGUUACUGGUACAUGCUGUUAGAAGAACUCUGCCAGUACUACCGUAGGGUUGUCCCUGUACCAGUUUGGUUCCGGUAUUUUGUUGGCUUGAGGGAGCUGAACAGUAUGCUAGGAUGGAGCCUUGGCAUUCUGCUAGCUCUGCUCUACCUUAUCCUAAAGCUUUUGAGCUUGUUUGGACAUCUAAAAAACUUCAGACGGGUCUUGCGGGUAUUUUAUACACGACCGAGCUACGGAGUGGCGGCCAGCAAGAGGCAGUGUGCCGAAGCAGAUGACCUCUGCUCCAUCUGCCAGGCUGAAUUCCAGAAGCCCCUUCUUCUCAUCUGCCAGCACAUAUUUUGUGAAGAAUGCAUAGCCCUGUGGUUCAACAGAGAGAAAACGUGCCCCCUCUGCAGGACAGUCAUCACUGACCACAUCAACAAGUGGAAAGACGGGGCAACAUCUGUACAGCUACAGGUCUAUUAAAAUCCUGCUGACAACAUGUUUCACAGUGUAAUCUCAUUCGAAUGCCUGGCUUGCAGUUUCAGGGAAUACGUUUCUAGGGUACUGGUGGCGUGUGGUGGGGGAAACAGAAGAGAUACCAACUCGAGGCUUUAAGCCUUCCCUGUGCUACAACAGGAGCCCAUUGAGACACAAAGCAACAAUCAAACUUUUUCUUUUGACAAUCUCCACCUGAAGUUCACCCUUCUGGGCAUAAAUUAUCUAAAGAAAUGAACUUUUGACAAAGAUCAUUAUUCAGUAGCAACAGCCUCUAUACAGCAUUGCAAAGCCGCAACAAAGAUACCUUCAGUACUGCACCCGAGAUGCUGAAGUGCAAAGCUUGGAUUCUGAACCAGCUCCUCCAAGCUUGCAGGGUUUGGCUGUCGAAGAAAGAAGCCACCUCCUGGAUACCCUUAAUUAGACUUCCUACAGUGAGAAAUACAGAAUGAUUUUCGCUCUCAGGUUCUGUAGAUCUGAACUUCAGUUAUGCACACAAAUGAAUUUCUUUUCUACUUUUGUAAGCCUGCAUUUUUGAAAACCAAAAUAUUGAGUACUAUAUUUUGUCAUAAGCAGCUAGAUUUUAUUAAAUGGGGGAUAUCUAAUAUGGGGGGAGACUGUAACAAAUACCACACAGAUGGUGAAAAUAAAGGCAGUUUGAAUCUAUUCAUCCGAAA